AUGACGUCAGAAAACGAGAUUCUUUCUCAUUUUGCUGAAUCGUCGUCUUCAAAUGUUUUUAUUUGUAUUCUAUGGAAAUUACUCUUAGAGACGGGGAGACUCAGUUCAGUAUGCCAUAAGGUUCUUGAACGGCUCGGUGCACGUGCGUUAUCCAGGCAUAUUCGUGUCUUUGCUGAUUUUCUUGUGUACGAGUUUUCAACGUCUGGAGGAGGACGACACGUAAACAAGUGUAUUCAACAUCUGAACGAUUUGAUCUGGAAGUACAAUGUCGUUACUAUGGAUCGAUUGGUUCUGAGCCUGGGUCUUCGAAGUCACGAGGGUAAUGAAGCUCAAGUGUGCUUCUUUAUUAUUCAACUUUUACUACUCAAACCACCAGACUUCAGAACAAGAGUCAACGCUUUUGUUCGUGAUAAUUCUCCUCARCAYUGGACACAAACAGACUGGCACCAGAAACAUAUGGCUUAUCAUACGAGUUAUCCUGAGCGAUUCUACUACGAAGGUUUACUAGAAGCAGCCGGUGGUACUGUCCCUACUAUUCAGUAUCUGCCUAUCUACUUUGGUAACGUGUGCCUACGCUUCCUGCCCGUAUUUGACAUUGUUAUUCAUCGAUUCUUGGAACUUCCACCUGUCUUCAAGUCCUUGGAAAGCUUAUUGGACCACUUGGGUUCACUUUACAAAUUCCACGCUCGGCCUGUUACGUAUUUAUACAACACUCUUCACUAUUAUGAGAAAAGUCUCCAAGAAAAGCCUACUCUCAAAAAGAAGCUUGUUAGUGCAAUAAUAGGAGCACAACGAGAUAUUAAACCUCAAGGCUGGUUCAGGUGUUUGUCUCGGGGUUACCUUGACUACCUUUACCGCAGUGAAGAUGCAUCCUGGACUCCAGAUUUAUCAUAUUACUCCAAUCUUAUUGGUCGACUGGUGGAUACAAUCGAAAACAGCACUCCAACUGCCUUCCCAGAAUGCGACUGGCGCUUUAACGAGUUUCCGAAUGCUACUGCUCAUGCGCUGUAUGUUACUAGCAUGGAGAUUAUGGCUCUACCAAUCAUCCCGAAGCAUGUGGGAUUUAAUCUGUUUGACGUUAUCUACAAAGGAAGCCCGUCUCAUCAACAUGCGAAUAUCAGAAGUAACAUUAUGUCUUGGAUCAAUGCAGUGGCUCAUAUUAUGACGUCACUUCCGGAUUCGUAUUGGAGUGUUAUUUAUGAAAAGAUUUGCGAAGUACUCAAGACAGAUCUUGCAACCCGUGACGUCGCUACAUAUCCCGUGAUGCUUGAGGAAAUCCAUCGUCCCAGUCCUUUUCCGUACUCUUUCUUCGAUUUCAAAGUAAAUAUGGCGAUGCACUCUGAGACUCAUGCCGAUUAUGUUUUGGCUUUGACGCAUGCCGUGUGGCACCACGCUAGUAUUGGUCAGCUGACAUUCAUGCCACACUUCAUUCGUACUCGUGUUACGCCGUUGGUUAAUAAUGAAGCCCAGUUCUUGUACGUUUGCUGUCUCGUUGGACCUUUCCUCCAGAGAUUUCAGCUGGAAAGAACUCGAUGCCUGCAAGAGAUAGUUAUAGAGUUGUACCAUCUACUGGAGAAAGUUGAUAGAGAAUCGCAGCAUCUGCAUCAUGUCGAGACAAUUUGUGAUUUCCUAUACCACAUCAAAUACAUGUUUAUAGGCGAUAUGGUACGAGACGAAGUACAAAAAAUCAUUCCUAAGCUUCGGCAGUCGCUUCAAGUUCGACUGAGAUUCAUGCUACAAACAUCACUCAAACGAGACAUUACAGAGUAAAUUGUUAUUUACAAAACCUAUGAACAAUAGCAACAAGAUAUCUUGUUGAAAGACAUGAAAUAGUAGAAAUAUAGUGUUCAUGAUGUAAAUAAUAUUUAAUUUCAUUAUUUUCAAAUAAACUAGAAGUAUACUAUCAAUUUGCUUAUCGGAGAGGUUGUCCGGGCGAUUCGAGAAUGCGCGAACAAUAGUUACUAUAGGAAGCAAGGAAUGGAAACAAGAGACUAAAAAAAUGCAAAGCAAAACAAGAAAUCUGGGAGGUCAAAUGUCGGGUUCGAGUCCCGGAAUCCAGAUAUAUUUUUUUUCGGUCCGGUAUCCUAGUUAUUCGCACGCUGUGAUUGGCGGUCCGGUUUUUCACGAUCUGCGCGGUCCGACGGUAUCCUGCAGCUGGGCCGCGAGCAAAGUUGCAGAAAAU